AUGUCGGGUUUGGACGUCGAGGCUUUGCUAGACUCGACGGCUUCGUCGAAGGAGCAGCCAAAGACCACCAACGGAGGAGGCGAGUCGCCCAAUGGUCAUCACAGCAAUCGCCAUGGAAGUAGCCCUCGUAGCGAGACGGGCAGCGCUAUGAGCCGUCGUAGAAGCCGUAGCAGGGAUUCCGGCCGCAGCGUCCGCCGCUAUCGUGGAGGUGAUUCCUAUCGUCGCUCAGACCGCUCGCGUUCGCGUUCUCCCAACCGCCACUACCGUCCCCGCGGAGACCGCAAUGAUCGCCGCGACUAUCGAGGCGACCGACGCGACCGCGACUACCGUCGUCGUGACGACGAUCGUGCUUAUCGUGGAAGCGGCCGUCAUAGUGUGCCCCGCGACCGCGACCCGUCCCCGCCUCAACCGACUGAGGACGAGCGUGAUCGUCGUACUGUUUUUGUCCAGCAGCUUGCAGCGCGUCUGCGAACUAAGGAACUCAAGGAGUUCUUCGAGAAAGCCGGCCCGGUCGCUGAGGCCCAAAUCGUUAAAGACCGUGUGAGCAACCGGUCUAAAGGUGUUGGUUACGUGGAAUUCAAGAGCGAGGAGUCCGUGGUUGCUGCUCUGCAGCUUACCGGUCAAAAGCUCCUCGGCAUCCCAGUCAUCGUCCAGAUGACCGAGGCGGAGAAGAACCGCCAAGUCCGCACCACGGAGCCGACCAAUAACCAUCCAAAUUCAAUCCCAUUUCACCGCCUCUAUGUGGGUAAUAUCCAUUUUAGUAUCACUGAGCAGGAUUUGCAAACUGUCUUCGAGCCGUUUGGUGAGCUUGAGUUCGUGCAACUCCAGAAGGAUGACAACGCCCGCAGCCGCGGUUAUGGCUUUGUUCAGUUCCGUGAUGCCGCCCAGGCUCGCGAUGCUCUUGAAAAGAUGAACGGAUUCGAUCUUGCCGGCCGCCCGAUCCGCGUGGGACUCGGCAAUGACAAAUUCACGCCCGAGUCAACUGCAAACCUCCUGCAAAAGUUCCAAGGCCAGAACCACUCUCAGUUCCAGGGCUCAGCUUUUUCGGGUGCUGGAGGACGCGGCGGCCAGUCCGCAAACUUUGAUCGCGCCGGUGCACGUGAGAGCGAGAAAGGGACUGGUGCCAGUGCCCUCGACGAUACGGAUGUCGCCGGCGUAAAUUUCAAUAAUUACAGCCGCGAUGCGCUCAUGCGAAAGCUCGCGCGGACUGAUGAGCCAGCUGCUCCAACCGAGCGGCAGGUGAUCAAGCCGAAAGCGGAAGUUAAAGCCCCCCUGCCUUUGAAUGUCAACAUGGCCAGCCGCUGUGUUGUACUUCACAACAUGUUUGACCCCUCGACUGUGCCCGAGGGUGAUGAGUGGAUCAAGACCCUCGAGGGCGAAGUCCGCGAGGAGGCGGAGGAGAAAUACGGCCACGUACUUCACAUUGCCAUCGAUCCCAACUCGGAUGGUGAUAUCUACCUCAAGUUUGAGAAGCUGGCCGGGGGUGAGAACGCCAUCAAAGGCCUGAAUGGCCGCUACUUCGACGGCCGAAUGAUCACAGCGGCGCCUGUUGUCGACGCUGUUUACAGCAGUUUGUUCUCUCGCACCAAAGCGAUUUAG